AUGGCGAUCGCCCUGACGCGCGAAGAGAUCAUUGGCCAGGUUCACCAGGCCGGCCGCUUGUACGACCGCGCCAAGGGAGCCCCCAAUCGAGGCGUCCUCGAGCAAAGAGCCGAUCAGCUUUGCGUGGACCUUGCGGCAAAGAUCGCGAGGCAAAUCGAGGAAGAGGAGAAGCAAGCCGUGGAUGACAGCAUCGCGGGCAUCCAGCCGGCCACCGCAGCUGUGCUCGGCUCAGCCACGUGGGUUUCCAUGCCUGUUCUCGAGUCCUCUGCUAAAUGUUUUCUUGGCUUGUUGCUGUUCGGCUCUACGGCCGUACUGCAGCUGUGCAGCUGA